AUGCCCCUCCCUCCCAGUAUCAAGAACGCAGAAGCCGCCGGCGCGAUGGCCGGCGCGGUGGUCGGCACGGGCGCGCUCAAGAUCGACAACCUGUACAAUGUCGACGGAUGGGUCGCGGUCGUUACCGGCGGCGGUACCGGCCUCGGCCUGAUCACUGCCGCCGCGCUGGCGGAGAACGGCGCGCGCGUGUACAUCACUGGCCGCCGCCUCGAGGCGCUGCAGGCCGCCGUGGCCGACGCGAGCCCCAAGUCGGGCAACGGCAAGAUCAUCGCGCUGCAGGGCAACGCGAGCACCAAGGAGGGCAUCGAGGCGACCGUCGCCGAGAUCUCCAAGCACGAUAAGUACAUCAACGUGCUGGUGAACAACCACGGCAUCGCCGUCCCCGAGGGCUCCCCGCCCAACAUCAACGGCGUGCCGCAGACGUUUGAGGGCCUCUCAAAGGCCAUGAUGGGCGACUCGAUGGAGGACCACUGGAUCCCGCUGUGGCGCAUCAACACGGCCAGCUACUAUUUCACGUCUGCGGCCUUCCUGCCGCUGCUCGGCGCCGCCGCGCAGCACUUUGCCGAGCCGGGGAAUAUCGUCAACAUUGCCAGCAUGAGCGGGAUUACCAAGACGAGCCAGAAGGGCCAGUUCAACUACAAUGCGAGCAAGGCCGCGACCAUCUCGCUCUCGCACCAGCUCGCGACAGAGUUCGCCCGCCGCGACCUCGGCGUGCGCGUAAACUGCAUUUGCCCCGGCUUCUUCCCCUCGGGCAUGGUCCCCAUCACGCCGGGCGACCUCGCUGCCGGCGAAGCCGCCAACCGCUUCCGCAAGGACUGGGGCAUCCCCCUCAAGCGGCCCAGCAACGGCGUCGACUACGCCAACUGCAUCAUCAGCGUCAUGACCAACAAGUACAUGACUGGCUCCGAGGUCGUCAUUGAUGGCGGAUGGCUGCUCUGCAUGGAGAACUAA